UGUAAACCUCCUCAUCCUGAUGUGCUUCCGCCAGCCUCAGGACCCAUGCAGUGAAAAUGGCGAGUGGAGGGGGCUCAGUCGCUUCACUGUGGACCGAAGUGAACCGCUGCGGGCAAAACGGAGACUUCACACGGGCGCUCAAAGCCCUGAACAAAAUUUUGCACGAAGUCAAGGACGAUGUGACGGCUCUUCACUGUAAAAUCGUAUGCCUUGUUCAAAAUGGCAGCUUCAAAGAGGCGCUGAAUGUUAUGAACAGCCAUUCAAAAGUGCUGGGCAGUGAUGUUGUAUUCGAGAAGGCGUACUGCGAGUACCGGCUGAACAGAGUAGAAAGUGCCCUGAAGACCAUUGAAGGUGCUUCAGAGCAGACAGACAAGCUGAAGGAGCUCUACGGUCAAGUGCUGUACAGACUGGAGCGCUACGACGAGUGCAAGGCCGUGUACACGGAUCUGAUCCGAAACUCCCAGGAUGAGUACGAGGAGGAGAGGAAGACCAACCUCGCUGCUGUGGUGGCCGCGAUGAGUCAGUGGGAGCAGGCCUCUCCGGACAGUCUGGGCCUACCUGAGUCUACAUACGAGCUGUGCUACAACGCGGCCUGCACUCUGAUUGGCCAGGGCCAGCUGACAGAGGCCCUCAAUAAACUUCGGCAAGCAGAAGAGGUUUGCAGAGUUUCCCUGGCAGAUGAUUCUGAUGUGACCGAGGAGGACAUUGAGUCGGAGCUGGCCGUCAUCCACUCUCAGAUGGCCUACAUCAUGCAGUUACAAGGCCGGACAGAGGAGGCGUUGCAGCUCUACAACCAGGUCAUCAAGCUCAAGCCAUCAGAUGUGGGGCUGCUUGCUGUGACAGCCAACAACAUCAUUACAAUUAACAAGGACCAAAAUGUGUUCGACUCGAAGAAGAAGGUGAAGCUGACAAACGCUGACGGCGUGGAAUAUAAACUAGCCAAGAAGCAGCUGCAGGCCAUCGAGUUCAACAAAGCCCUCCUGGCCAUGUACACCAACCAGGCCGACCAGUGCAGGAAACUGUCCUCCAACCUUCAGUCUCAGAACCCGGGUCACCCACGGCCGGUGCUCAUCCAGGUCGCCCAGCUGUGCAGGGAGAAGCAGCACAGCAAGGCCAUCGAGUUGCUGCAGCAAUUCUCAGAUCAACAUCCAGAAAGUGCAUCUGGUAUCAAACUGACAAUGGCACAACUGUAUUUGACUCAAGGUCAUGUUACAAAAGCCUGUGACAUCUUGAGGUCGAUUGAAGAUUUUAAGCACAAACCAGGAAUGGUAUCAGCUCUGGUGACGAUGUACUCCCAUGAAGAAGACAUCGAUAGCGCAAUCGACAUUUUCAGCCAAGCUAUUCAGCACUACCAGUCCAAACAGCCCGGAUCCGCUACACACUUGGCCCUCGUACGAGAGGCUGCCAACUUCAAGCUGAAGUACGGACGGAAAAAAGAAGCCAUUAGUGAUCUGGAGCAGCUGUGGAAGCAAAACCCGAGUGACAUCCACACGCUGGCACAGCUCAUCUCAGCCUAUUCCCUGGUCGACACGGACAAAGCAAAAUCCCUCAGCAAGCACCUCCCCUCCCCGGACACCAUGUCCUUCAACGUGGACGUGGACGAGCUGGAGAACUCCCACGGAGCGAACUACGUCAGGAAGAAGGCGGCCAAGGUCACCGGAGAAAACCUCCCCAAAGAGCAAGGCCAAGGUGAAAUCAAAAAGAAGAGGAAGAAAAAGAAAGGCAAAUUGCCCAAGAACUUUGACCCCAAGGUGGCCCCUGACCUGGAGCGAUGGCUGCCCAUGAGGGAGCGCUCCUACUACAGAGGCAAGAAGAAAGGAAAGAAGAAGGAGCAAAUAGGCAAAGGCACACAGGGAGCAACAGCAGGAGCUGCCGCCGAGCUGGAUGCCAGUAAGACCGCCAGCAGCCCGCCCACGUCCCCCCGGCCCAGCUCCGCGACCGGAUCGGCUCCGGCCGGCGGCGGCAACGUGAUCCCCCCUCGCCAGCAGAAACCCGCAGCCUCGGGCGCCACCCGCAAGAAGGCACCACAGAAGAAGAAGAAGGGAGGCAAGGGAGGCUGGUAGUCGGAGGGAAGCGGCGCACGAGACAGAGGGGCCGUGGGAUCCACAGGAAGUCACCAAGAAAUCAUGAGCUCAUCUUUUCCUAGUUCCACGUUUGAGUUUCUGUUAUUAUUUUUUUUUUUUAAACCAUCCGUUCAAAUGUGUACAAAUGUCUUAUUUCUUUUCUACGUGUAGCGGUGAGAAACUGGCCUCCUCUGCCCCGCUGCCUCCCUGAGUCGAGGUGUUUUAUUUUAAAAGGUACAGGAAGUAAAAUGUUAAAACGCCCAAGCCCUCAUCUGUGUUUCCUGUUUUUCAAAAGGAGAAUUCCACUGAAAUGAACCUUUAGGUUGUUCUGCAAAGGACGUUUUCCUAUUUUGCCCCGUUUGUGUUUUUUUACUCGAGACUUUUUGAGAUGAAUGGAGAUUAGAAAUGCCUGAUGUGGGACGUAGAGAUUUUAAUGGGCAGUCACAGCCACAUAUACCAAUUUCAAUUACAUUUUCUUCUAAUUGUUAAGAAAUUGCAUUUAUAGGCAUUCAUGGAUUACAUUUUCCUUGAUCUUGAUAUUUUGAAAUUCUGGAAACAACAGAAAUGUUUGUGGCUUUUUAGGAAAACAACAGCCUUUGCAAAAUAACUUAAAUAAGUCUUCACUUUCUGAGGAAUUGCCCUUCGUUUUUUUUUCAGUCUGAGUAUUAAAAUGCCAUACUCGGCCUGUGAGCAUCAGUUUCCUCGAUCUGCCCCUUUACUUUGAAUCAGCCGAACUUGUUAUUAACCAAAAAUGGACAAGCAAUGGAUGCAAAGUUAAAGAAUAUUUAUUUUUGGAUCCCUGCGUUGGUCUCGAAUAAACAAACGGAUUUUAAUUUGAAGUUUUGUCAGUUGCAUGUUGUUUUAGGAACAGUAAAUCAUGAGGAAAGUGCCAGUUUUGGCCAAACACCUGUCCUGUUUUGUUAUGUCUUAAUAAAUAGUGUUCCUGGACAACAGCA